AGGAGAAUGAGCCAGGUUAGCAGGUUGGCAAUCAAAUGGAAAAGAAAGGAAGACAAGGUUCUCUCUCUCUCUCUCAGUCUAAGCUGUAAAUGACAGACUGGCAUGAGCGAGGUCAAGCAGAAAGAGGUGGGGAGAGAGAGACUAACUCUCUUUCUCUCUCUAAUAUAUAUAUAGAUAAAUGUUCAUAUAUAGUCUGGCUCUGUAUAUAUAUUCCUUCUUUCGUCUCGAAUUGGCCCUGUAUUAUCGCCUUGGAUUCUGCAGAGAGAGAGGGGUGAGACAGACAGAAACACGAUGAGUCUCUUUGGCCUGGGAAGCAGAAACCAAAAGACAUUUCGGCCUAAAAAGAGUGCUCCAUCAGGAAGCAAGGGUGCCCAGCUUCAAAAACACAUUGAUGCAACUUUGGGCAGUGGGAACCUGAGGGAGGCUGUUCGUCUGCCUCCCGGAGAAGAUAUAAAUGAGUGGCUGGCAGUAAACACUGUUGAUUUUUUCAACCAAGUGAACAUUCUGUACGGUACUCUCACUGAGUUCUGCACACCGGUCAAUUGUCCGACAAUGUCUGCAGGAUCGAAGUACGAGUACAGAUGGGCUGAUGGAGUUAACAUUAAGAAACCAAUAGAGGUCUCUGCCCCAAAAUAUGUAGAGUAUUUAAUGGACUGGAUUGAAAAUCAGCUUGAUGAGGAAUCAAUCUUUCCUCAAAGAUUGGGGGCACCCUUUCCAGCCAACUUCCAAGAUGUUGUCAAGACCAUUUUUAAGCGAUUGUUCCGUGUCUAUGCCCAUAUCUAUCACUCUCAUUUUCAGAAAAUUGUGAGCUUGAAGGAAGAAGCUCAUCUCAAUACUUGCUUCAAGCAUUUUGUUCUCUUCACAUGGGAAUUCCGCUUGAUUGACAAAGGGGAGCUUGCACCUCUUCAGGACCUUGUUGAGUCCAUUCUACAGCCCAAGUGAUUGUUGAAAUUUUGUUCUUUUUUUGGGUACUAUUAUGGAUAUGGGUACACAUUUUUGCCAGCUUCUGCUUGCCCAUGUAAUUUUUGUGCAAUGAGAUGCCUUCUUUUAAGCACCCUCUUCUGUUUCUCCUCUAUCCCUCUCGUCCUUGUGAAGAGCCAUUCUUAGUUCUUGUGAAUUUGAAGGGAACUGUUUCUGGUUGUAAUUUUUUAAUUUCAGCCAAUUGUUACCCUUGUCAAAUUCUGUUUGUGUAAAGCUGCCAAAAUGGCCAGUCAUACACCAAUUUGGAUGAUUGGAUAGAAUUGGUAAUUUCAUUCAAGGUUACUUUUAAAACCAAA